GAAGAAGUGAGGGUGGUUGGUCCAGAUAGCAUGUACCUGUCGAACUGUAAGGGUUUAUGUAUAUAAAACAACCACUGCAAGCGCCCAUAGCACUCAAUGCCGUGAGUCCCCAUGAACACAGAGCUGAACUAUUGAAGCAGCAAAUCAGACCAACUCUGGAUGCAUGCCCACUAAUAUAAAUCCUGGAACCCCCGAUACAUCGGCAAACAGAUACCCGACGCAGAAACUAUGUACACGAAACUCUCGAAACUCUUGUCCGUGCCAGUUAUGCCAGACCAUUGUGGCGUCGCACGCUUUCUGGUCAUGAUCCAGACUAGUAGACGAAAAAUUCCACAAGAGCCGGGCAGUUAACAUAUAACUCUGCGGGCUCUAGAGCAUCAAGAUCCAAAUGUAGCACAUCUAUGAUAAACACUUUAGCAGCCCCUAAUAGCCAUGUAAUGAACUAUGCCUAUGCAGUCGAAUCGGGGACAAAGGGGGAGAUUCAGCAGGAAGUUAAGAUCCGUGGCUCUUGAGGUGGUGAUUUGCCAGUCACAGCUCGAUACAGCAUUUCGAGAUCAUUCCAGUGCAUGGGAUGUGAAUAGAGUCGAGGCACAAACCCAUGCAAAGGAGCAUCUUCCUACUAAGGACGUUGUGGCGGCACUCAAGCCACCACGUCACCAUGCGUGGUGCACCGGUGGGGUUGGUAGAUCCAGCUACCAUGAGGAAUCCUGCACAGUACCAAGUGGUCUUGGUCAGGCACUAUACUUUUUACGGGAGCUCUACCACGCAAUAAAUCUAGUAUGUGAGAAUUCCAUUCAGUCUGUCAUCAUUCUAUCGACCAAGAUCGAUCAGCACAAGUCUAGCCCUGUGCGCAAACCAGUGGCGUGCUGCAUAUUAGAAAAGGAUACUUGGUACAAUAAUUGCACUGAUGCUGACUUGCCAAAGCAAACAUCUCUGCGCCUCGUCACCGCCGUAUUCGACGCUCUGGCCGAUUCAAGCUCCAUUCCCCCGGAAUUCUGGCCUCAGUUCUCGAGUGGGCACCCGGCGGGGCGAGCGCCGAUGAACCUGUGGGGAACCUUUCCAAAGCAGGCCAUCAGACACAGUGAGACGCUCAGAGUAUCGACGGCUCUUGGUAUUCCACCCUCCAUCUUCGGUGCAGGUGACGCAUCCAACAUAAAUGUUUUCCUCUAG